AGGAAACGGAGGCAAUCGUGGGUGUAAGCUCAUAGGCCCGUCUGUUUUACUGGCAUUUACUGGCGUGUUUUGACGACUUCUUCGGAAACGACUUUGCGCAAUUGUUCGCAAAGACCUUGGUAGAGACAUUGUCAACCAAUUCACAAAGACAAAAUAGCGCUCCUCCAACCAUAACUAAUAAUUUGAGUGACAGCCGCAAGGGGGGUGAAUCGUGCGGUGCGGGAACUACUUUAAUCUCGGAGGUCCGGUAAAGCAUCGGCGCCCUUCGGUCCUUCGGCUUGUUCGGCGGCGCGGAGUGAUCCACCGUUCCGUGGCGGCAAAGUGUUAGGCCUGGUUGUGACCGGGAGGUGGAUCAGACUUUUGCAGCGGCUUUAUUUGUGAAAGAAACAACUAAGUUAUUACUUUUUCACGCCGGUAUAGUUUGUCCCUUCCUAGUUCACCAUGGCCGAGAGAGAAGAUAACGUUUACAAGGCGAAGCUAGCGGAACAGGCUGAACGUUACGAUGAAAUGGUGGAGGCGAUGAAGCGGGUGGCGUCCCUGGACGUGGAGCUGACGGUGGAGGAGCGCAACCUGCUCUCUGUGGCCUACAAGAAUGUGAUCGGGGCCCGGCGUGCCUCGUGGCGCAUCAUCAGCUCCAUCGAGCAGAAGGAGGAGAACAAGGGCUCGGAGGGCAGGCUCGAGAUGAUACGCCAGUACCGGAUACAGGUGGAGGCUGAGCUCAGGGAGAUCUGUCAGGACAUCCUGGACGUUCUGGACAAGCACCUCAUCCCAACGGCCUCCACUGGCGAGUCAAAGGUCUUCUACUACAAGAUGAAGGGCGACUACCACCGCUACCUGGCGGAGUUUGCCACGGGCAACGACCGCAAGGAGGCGGCGGAGAACAGCCUGGUGGCCUACAAGGCGGCCAGCGACAUUGCCAUGACGGAGCUGCCCCCGACGCACCCGAUCCGGCUGGGCCUGGCCCUCAACUUCUCGGUGUUCUACUACGAGAUCCUCAACUCACCCGACCGGGCCUGUCGGCUGGCCAAGGCGGCCUUCGACGACGCCAUCGCCGAGUUGGACACCCUGAGCGAGGAGAGCUACAAGGACUCCACCCUCAUCAUGCAGCUGCUCAGGGACAACCUCACCCUCUGGACCUCCGACAUGCAGCACGACGGAGAGGGCGAGGGGGAGCAGAAAGAGCAAGUGCAAGACGUGGAAGAUCAAGACGUCUCGUAAGGACGCGCAUAGGCUCCAAGAAGACGGGGAAAGAAAGAAAUGGCCGAACGACGAUCUGUCUUGCGGCUAGUAAGUGUCUGUUAGUAAUCUAAAUUCCAGCAAUCUUUUUUGAAAGGGAAACCAGGAAAAAAAAAAAGCACACACACCUUGGACAAAGACUUUUCAGUGGUCCCCCCCCCGCCCUCUCCCCCAGCAACUGUGCUGCGCAACCUCCCUUCCCUGCACGGCUCUGCUCUCUGCAAGGACUUUCUGCACCCGGCGUUUUACUUACUGCCCCCCGGGGGGACGGAGAACGAGGAAGCUCGCAGUCGUGCGAGCGAUCGAAGAACGCGAAACGACCAAUCCUCCGCCCCCGGGGUCGCUCGGGCGUCGGGUCUGUCGGCGGCUCAGUUUCAACUGUCGUGCACGCCCCCGGUUGUCGCAGUAGCAUACUCGGCCCCGUUCUCUCGUUUGCGCAAAUUCCUCGUUUGCCUCUCUGUACCUCUCAAAAGGUUGGGUGAGAAGACAUGAAAACAAGCGGGAAGCGUUGUGUGUGCCAACUUGCCAGUUGUUUUAAAACGAAUGAAGGUAAUCCACGAAGAACUUGCUGCUUGCCUUUUUUUUUCUUCCAUUGCAUCGCGGAGCCACACGUGUCGUCGGGGUUUCGCGCCAACUGCAUUUUGAACGAAUCUCCGUUCACCUGUGUUGACCGAAUAUUUUCUUUCUCUCGAUUUCUUUUUCCGUUUUAAUUGUUUAGGGGCAACGCGAGGUGACUAACUUGAGUCGGUGUUGCAAGAACUCGGGACAGAUUUUGGCAAGCUUACGAGCAACACCUUCCUUUGGGGACCGAUUAUUUGCGGACAAACAUUCCAACCCUCUGUAACCAGGGAAGAAGAUAAAAAAGAAACAUUACAGCGGCACGAAAGGAAAGCAAUAUUCGUAGUAACCCCUGUCCCCUCUGCACUGCCGCUGUACAGGGCGGUGGCAGUUUGUCACGCGGACACAUGCACCGGGCGGGGGAGGGGGUGCUGACCCCCGGUGUUUCUCUGGAGCCAGGAGUAAUACCAGUAGGAUGUGCGACAUUCACACGAUGGCGUUCUGUCUAGACAUGCCCGCAGGCUGUUCCCCGAAGCUCCUGUUUUACGUGUCGCCCCACUUUAUCCUCACAACUCUUUUUUUUUCUGGCCCCCUCCCCCCCGUCGUCUCUGCCGUAGCAGACUCCUUUCAAUGGGAGCGGUUGACCUCCAUUCGCUCGAUCCUGAGUUGGUAGUGCACAUCUUUCUCUGCUCCCGUAAACGUUUUUGAGAACAGUCAGUGCCGUGUGUGGACGUGUGUGUGUGUGUGUGCGUGCAUGUGUUCCUUUUUCAUUUUUACUGUUGUGGAUGCCUUCCCCCAAUGUUUUUUUUUAAUUUUUUUUAUUGUAGGUAUGAUUUUUUUGGGGAAACGGAUCAUUCCUUGUCACGUCUUGUCUUCCGAUUUUUGAAGUCUGGAAGCUGGGUCGGUGAGCAAAGUGGGAGAGGUUGGUCGCCGACGGCGAGGGGGAAUUCUAGCUCGUUUUGUUUUCUCGUCAAUACUGUAAUUGUUUUACGCAAGAUUUUUUUUGUGGCUAUUUUGAAUUAAUUUACACCAGUCGUUUCUUUGAAAACGUGCGGGAAAAAUAGUCUCUUGGCUCAGUUUGCUAACAUUCCGCCCUGUUCUUCAAUUUGGCUUGCGUCACCGGCCUGGUGUCCGGGCACGCUUUCAUCGGGUUGGGCCGAGAGGAGAAACACACUUUAUGUGUUUUUCUUUUCCGGGAGAGGGGCGGGGUUUGGUCAUGUUGGCCGUGCUUGGAAGAUGUUGCUGCCAGGUGACAUUUCUUGUUUUUCUCGGAGGGACAACCCAUUCCUUGGGCUGGGGAAAGCCCACUUUCUCGGUUCUUCCCCAACGUGUGGUUGUUUUUGGACAGUUGCGUUGUAAGGAAAGGACUUGUUUGUGUGCGUUCUUUUCUCUUUUUGUGGUGUGUCUUUGUGUCUUCACCAUUGGCAUGAGAACAGUGUGUGCACCAAAGUCUGUGGAGUGAUAUUUUGCGUUUCUCUCUGUUUUGGAGACAGUCUGUGUCCGUCUGACUGAGAGGUAACUGGACGUAGUCAUUGCUCCUUCAUCUGCCUUCCUGUUUCCACCGCCCCUCGUGUGCUAGGACGCAUGUACUACUUUAUAUCUCUGCAUACUAUGGCAUUGUGUAAAUUGGGUAAUAAAAACUUGAAACCUUCA